ACACACUUCAACAGCGGUGCAGCUGAGGAAGGAGAAGAGGACUGGACUAAGUUUCCAAACAGCUGACAUCAUCAACAUCAUCAACAGUCAUGACCUGGCAUUGGGUUUUCAUACAUCUUCAAUGUUUCCUGAUUGGCAGUUUAGUUGACUCCUCUUCCCUGUCCUCCGCCACCAACUUCCUGUCCAUCACUUCCACGGUGGGGAACCAGGUGGUCCUUCCCUGCAGCUGGAAGCCACGCCUGGGGAAAGUGGCCCCGUCCGCCUGCCACAUCCAGUGGACCACCAUGGCCGACACCGUGUUUGAGCAGCGGGAAGGGCGGAAGUGGCAGGCGGAGGAGUUUGUGGGCCGGGUGGAGGUUCCUGAGGAGAAGCUCGGGUCCGGGGACUGUUCUCUGAUCAUCAGAGAUGUUCAGAUCGGAGACACGGGGCGAUACGAGAGCUUCAUGGUGGUGGACGGAGUGAGGUCCACAAAAACGAAAGUCUUCAUUCAGAGUGUCAAGCUGUCUGUGUUCGACCACAAAUCUCGUCAGUCUCAGGCUCCAGGUGAGGACUUGGUUCUGGAUCUCCACACCCGUCACUCUGUGAGAGUGAUCUUCCAGAGCAGGAACAGCUCAGUGUCAACGGACCUGUGGAUGAGGGGGGAUGAGAACAGUCUGCGUCUGGAGGAAAAUCCACUGAAGGAGCAGCUGACGAUAAAGAACUUAAGGCGCUCAGAUGAGGGAACGUACAAAGUUCUGGAUGAACGGGGCCUCGUCAUCAGCACCGUGCAGCUCUCUGUGGAAGACGGCUCCACAGCUCUCAAAGUCCACCAGUUUAUGGAAAAGGAAAUAACAGGUGACGCUGCCGAAAGCAGUUAUUCUGCUCUUCUGAUCUUGUCUGGUCUUGUCAUGAGUUUCCAAUUUUCUCAUCUGCUCUGAGACAAUCUCUGCAAAAUGACAACACUCUACAUUUAAACAACAUGUUACAUUUAAAUAAUUUAUUAUGUUUCUAAACUAUAAAAUUUAACCUGUGUGAAGUUUCAAAUGAGCCAGUUUAACAAUGUGUGGUGUUGUGUCAAGUGAGGUAGGGAGUGACAAGUGUGAGUUUGUGUGUAAGUUUUGAGUUAAAGAAACAUUUGUGUUUUAGUUUGACAGGUUGAGGUCUGAAACACAACUCUGGAGCCAAAAUUCGAAUACCACUCGUUUUAAACUGGACCCACCGAUGCAAGAGUCUUUGUGAACGUGAAUAAAUUUGGGAAAAUCAUAAGUUAACCACCGCAAACUGAAAUGACUUCACUGUGACCUUUAUUAAGAGCGAACAACGCGUUUCACCUUUAGCCGCUUCAGUUUCAGGUUCGCUCAGCAAAACUACAAGAGUAACUCACAGAUGUGAUACAUACAUAUGGGUCACAUGACUAAUUAUCAGUCUUCAAUUUGUCUGUUUUUAAUGUUUCAAUAUUUUUCUUCAAAAGGUAAAUAUUUUUCAAAAAAACAAUGUAAUAAUAUUACACAAAACUACAUUUUCAAAAAACAAAACAAUAUUACAAAAACACAAUUUUUCAUAAAACGACAAAUGUAUUUCGCAAAAUUACAUUUAUACAAAAAAAUGGCAUUGUUAAUGUUACACAGUUACAAGAAUUCUUCAUUAAAAUUAUCUGAAUAAUUUUUGUAACUGUGUAAUAUUAACAAUGCCAAGAAUGUGUUUGGAAAAAUGUAAUUUUGUGUAAUACUGUCAUGUUUUCUAAAAAAAUUUUAUUUUGUGUUAUAUGUUUUUUGGUUAAUGUAAUUUUGUGUAAUGUUAUUGUCAUGUUUUUUGAAAAAUGUUUACCUUGGAGAAAUUUUUUUUUUUUUUUUUUUUAAAUGACAAAUUGAAGACUGAUAGUCAUGUGACUAUACAUGUCUGUGAGUUACUCUUGUAGUUUUGCUGAAUGAACCUGAACCUGAAGCAGCUACAGGUGAAACGCGUCGUUCGCUCUUAAUAAAAGUCAGUGAAGUCAUUUCAAUGUGUGGUGGUUAAUUUAUGAUUUUCACUUGAGAUGUUCCUGAGACCAACCACCACCUGAACACUAAUACUGUUGAGCUCUGUUCAGUUAAUACAUUUGUAAUCUGAUAACUUUUAUAUCGAUCUUAAUCUAGUAUUAGGUCUCUACAAACGAUGAUGCAGCAACUGAGGCAACAUGCAUUUACAUGGUGUGCCUGUUCGUAUCAGAAAGUGAGGAUUACCUUUUCUUUUUUAGUAGUUGGUUUGGACAGUAGCUGAAAAUAGAAAUAUUGCUUUGUGUCGGUUUGUUAAUUCCAAUCUUAGAUCAUCUGAUGUGUACUGAACAAUGCCCAUUUUUUGUUCAAUACACAUUGAGCAAACACUGGAGUUCAACCAGUUAAAUAGAAAUCAGAUAAUGAUUGAACUAAGUUUUGGACUAUUGAUCAGACAAAACAAGAGAAACUGUAAAGGAAAUGUGUCAUAAUUUUUUAUAGGUUUAAGAAACCAAAAGUUUAUUUGAUUAGGAAAAUGAUUUUAGGAUUAAUCCACAAGGUACAUAUUUAGUGUUUAGUGUACACUGUAUUGUCUUAUAAAUUAUGUGAGUACUUCUUCCACCACUGAGUAUAUGUCAUGUAAAAGCACUAGCACUAAUGUGGCACUAUAAUGUAAAAUACGCUACUACAACUAAAGUCCUGCAUUCACAGUAUCACAUAGUUUCAGCCCUAAUUUACAAAAUCUUCUCAUUCAGUGCAAAAAAUGUAAUCUAUAAAGUAAUCACAGCUUUCAGAUGAAUGUAAUUGGGUAAAAGUAUUUCCCCUCUCUAUAAAGCAGCAAUUUUUAAAGACUUAAUGAUUAGUCAAGUAACUGAAAAAUAAUAUGCAGAUUAGUCAAUAAUGAAAACAAACAGUCUGAAACCAAGAAAAUCUGCCUAAAAAGUAACUGAAUGAUUGGAGAAAUGGAUUUUAUUAUAAUUAUUUACAUGUGAAAUAUGUUUUGUAGUUAAUGAGCUUUUUUGCUGUGAUUUGUUUGGUGUGAUUAUGUGCGUAAAUGUUCACAACAUUGAACUACUGAACAGUUUCCAGUAAGUGGUCUUUACUCUGUAUUUCAAUUCAUUCUAAACUAAAAUUAAAUAAAAAGAAGUUGAAUAAUAAAACAAGCAAACGCAACCAUGUUGUAUUUCAAUGACUCCUUGUUAAACUCCACAGACUGUUGGAAUGACUUCACAGACAGAUUCACACAAGUAGAAGCAACACAAUGAACUCUGUACAGCUACUGGAGAUAAACGAGCAAAGGCACGCCACAACUUCAGGACACACCUCUUAUAGUCAUUAAAUCUCAUCCGCAGACCAAAACCAACACAGAUAAUCUCCUUUUGUGUGUGUGACAGUCUGAUGCAUCUGACUCCUCUGAGCCAUAGAGCUCCAUUGUUUCCAAAUACAUCACUGAGCCACACUGUUGCGCUGGGUGACAGCCUUCAUUACAUGAACACACACACUGUGCACAAGUUUAUUUUCAGUCACUCCCACACACAUCGGCCUGCUACUCAAAAUACCCACUACAGCACCAAAUGUGGAUUAAUCCGCCGCUGAAAAUAGUCCCCACAAAAUGCAGCAUUUCCUCCUGUUUACUGAGCCUCUUUUAAACUGAGAUUUGAUGACAAGAGGAAAAACCACAGAAUAUCACAUUCUUUCUCUUUAAUGACCAGUCUCGACCGCUGAAGCUGCAACACAUGAACAACACACACCAAAAAAAAAAAAAAAAAGACAGUUUU